ACAUUGUAUCCGUCCAUGCGCGCCAACAAAGCGCAUGCGUAUGCUCUCUCCUCCCUCAUGCAGGCUCUUAUCUCUCCAAGAAGAGACAAGAGCGCGCGCGCAAUGCCGCCGCCGCCGCCGAUGACAUCGCCAGCAGCGUCAUCGACGACGACGGCCGCCGCGGCUAAUAAGUUCCCGUCGCACAGCUCCAUCUGCGCCCUCAUCUCCUUCCUCCACCACCACCUCCGCGCGCUCCUCGCCGACCCGCCCGCGCUCCUCGCCACCCGACGCCGCUGCGCCGCCCUGCUCACGCCGCCCCCGCCGCUCUCAACCUCCACCUCCACCUCCGAAGAAGACGCCGCCGUCCUCGCGGCGCUCCACGGCGCCAUCGGCUCGCUCCCCUCCUCCGGAGACGCGGACGGCGCCGUGGAGGCGGCGCUGCAGGCGCCGGCGCUGCUGCCGGAGGAAGGGGAGACGGCCGGGGUGGACAACCGCCGCGUGGCGGCCUGCGCCUACUUCUGCCUGGCCCUGGCGCAGCAGGAGGCCGACGCGUGGCAGACGGCCGUGCACUUCUUCCAGGCCGUGCUCGUCUGCCCCGCCGCCGCGGCCCAGCUCGCGCCCCCGGAGCUCUGGGCCGGGCUGUUUGAUGACGUCGAGGGCCCAGACGCGGCGCGCAGGGCGGCCAGGAAGUACAAGGACUGGCUCAUGUACUACAGGGUCGUCGCCUCCUCCUCCGCCGAGGCGCCGGACGUUGCCGGGUACCUUGACUUAGGAAAAUCUGCAAGCUCUGCCAUUCCAAGAUGGCCAAAUGUCUCAGACUCAGAGGAGAGGACAAUUCAGUCGGUUGUUGGCCAAGUUAAGAGCACGGCCUUCGUCUCCAACUUCAGCGGUCAUGGUGGCUUGGCCGAGCUGAAGGAUUUUCUGAGCUGCGCAGACCAAGAGUUUGACGAUGCCAAGGGGAGCUCUGACAGCAGGUGCCUACAUGAGAUGCUUGAGGAGUCCCAGUCUGACUCGCCAGUUUCCUUCUACUCACAUCUUGAUUCGACUGAAGCAAGCGACAAUGAGCAGGCAGCUCCACAUGAGAAAGGAAGGUCAGCAAAGAUUAUGCCUAUCGAUGCAGAUUUCUUGUCAACUAAACUCCACGAAAGAUCAUGUCACAAGAAGAGUCUUACUUGGUGCACUUCUCCUGAAAAUGCAAUGAUAUACGCUCCUGAAUCUCCACUUUACAUUGUCGAUGGCAGCGAGAUGCAACCAAACUACUUACAGUCAAGCAGAUCACAUGGCUCAAUGCACAAUCCAUCAAAUUCAGUCCUAGAUCCCCAGAAUGCAGACUCAUACUCUGCGUCCAACUAUUUCAACAAGGAUGACAUGUCUCCACAAUGCACACCCAGGCAUGAUCUCAGAUGCUUCAGCAACUUCUCAACCAAAUUCAUUAAGAGAAGUGCUCUAACCGACAUAGUUUCCCGAGGAAGCAUGAGUAGGAAAUUCAAAGCUUUCUCAAACAGCGACGGCUGGAGUGAUGUUAGCUCACGCUGCGGAAAUAACAGCCAGUUAGAUUUUCUUGAAAGGUUUGAAAUUGCAGUAUCAAAAUUAUUGGUUUCAGAUGGGCUAGAAAACUGCCUAGAUGCUGGCUCAGAAGUCACGACAAUAUGGCAGCUGCUGAACCAUACUACUGAAGUGAGACACAAGUCAUCAGUAAGGCAAGACAUCCUUGACCAACUGCUUGACAGCAUUUCGACAGCUAAAAAGGAUAAAGUGAUUAGAGCAUCAGUUUAUGUUCUACUGCUUAUGAUAUCUGAAGAUAGGAGUGUAAUGAGAGGCAUUAAGAGGAAAGAUUUCCAUUUAUACAAUUUAGCCACUGCACUGAAGAGAAAUGUGCAUGAAGCGGCAAUUCUGAUAUAUUUAUUGGAUCCUUCACCUUCAGAGAUAAAAAACUUGGAGCUGUUGCCUUCACUUUUACAUGUGGCCUGUAAUUCCACCACCCAAAAAUGGCCUAUAUUGCUUCCACUGACACCAACAUCAGCAUCAAUAGCUCUCAUUGAGAUUCUAGUGACAGCAUUCGACUAUGUAACAAAUAAUGUCCACUUGGCCACCAUCAGCUCUCCUCCUAUUCUCUCUAAGCUUGUUGAUGUUGCAAAGAACAAUAACUUGGAAGAAGGAGUGGCCUUGGCAGCUAUUCUCAUCAGGUGUGUGCGACUUGGCGGAAACUGCAAGAAGUUCUUAACACAGGCUACUCCAAUGGAACCUUUCUUUCACCUUCUGAGAAGAAAAGAGCAGCGUGCCAAGUGUGCUGCACUUGAAUACUUCCACGAGAUUCUUCAGAUUCCUCGGUCCUCAGCGAAUUCAUUGCUGAAAGAAAUCCGACAGCUAGGAGGCAUCACUAUUAUGCAUACAUUGAUGGCCUGUCUCCAUCAAACUGAACCUGAACAUCAGGUUUUAGCAGCUAAUCUGCUCCUUCAAUUGGACAUGCUGGGAAAACAAGAUGGAACGAGUGUUUUCAAAGAAGAAGCGAUGGAGGUCCUAUUGGAGUCUCUAUCAGCUCAAGAAGAUUCUACUGCACAGGCACUAGCAGCAUCUUUUCUUUCUAAUCUUGGAGGGACUUAUUCCUGGUCAGGAGAAUCCUACACUGCUGCAUGGCUCUCGAAGAAAGCUGGUCUCACAAAAAGAUCUCACAGAAAUAUGAUCAGAAACAUCGACUGGCUUGAUACUUGCCUUCAGGAUACAGCAAUAAACUCAUGGAGCAGUAAAUGUGCACGGACAAUUAUAAGAAUAGGAGCACCAGUUAUCAGUACUUUGGCCAAAGGAUUGCAAAGCAAGGUGAAGGGAACCUCACAUGACUGCCUAGUAUGUGUUGCAUGGCUUGGAUGUGAGCUGGCUUCCCUUGGUGAAAAUGAUAUAAGACAUUCUGCUUGUGAGAUCUUGUUGCAUGACAUAGUGAGCCACCUUCAUCCGGGAUGUGAGCUUGAUGAAAGGGUUCUAGCGUGCAUGUGUGUUUAUAACUACACCUCUGGAAAAGGGAAGCAAAAGUUAAUGAGCUUGUCAGAGGGUUCACGAGAAUCUCUUAGGAGGCUUUCACCAUUGACAUGGAUGGCUGAAGAGUUGCUUCAAGUUACAGAUUAUUACCUUCCCAGGAAACCACGUGUAUCAUGUGUACAUACACAAAUCCUAGAGAUUGGUCAACCUGGCAAUGGAGCAGCAACUGCUAUCACAUUCUUUAGAGGGCAGCUCUUCGUUGGUUAUUUCAAUGGCACAAUCAGGGCAUGGGAUAUAAAAGACCAGAGAGCAGUAAACAUUAGAGAGAUUACAGAGCACAAGAAAGCGGUCACUUGCUUUGCACUAUCAGAAACUGGAGAAAAUCUGUUGAGCGGAUCAGCUGACAAAUCUAUUCGGGUAUGGAAAAUGGCACAGCGCAAGCUUGAGUGUGUUGAUGUGAUUCAAAUAAAAGAGGCUGUACACAAGUUUGAUGUUUACAGUGACAAAAUUAUUGUACUUACACAGAAAAAUGUACUCAAGUUCUGUUGUUCAUCAAGAAGCACUCAAACAUUUUACAAGAGCAAGCAUGUCAAAUCUCUAGCUCUAGCUCACAGCAAAGCUUACCUCGGCUGUGGAGACUUGAGUAUACAGGAAUUAGAUGUAUCCGUAGAAUCGAGGAUUGAGAUAAGGAUGCCUACAAGAAGCUGGAGAAUCAGUAAACAACCCAUUAGCUCCAUUGUAGUAUAUAAAGAUUGGAUGUAUUGUGCUGGUUCUCAAGUGGAAGGAUCUGCCAUGAAGGACUGGAGAAGGAGAUGCAAGCCAACGAUGACAAUGCCAAUACCAAAGGGAACAAAUAUAAAUGCAAUGACAGUGGUGGAGGAUUUCAUCUACUUGACCUGCAAUAAAAGCCCUAGUAUCAUUCAGAUAUGGUUGAGAGAGAAGCAGCAGAAAGUUGGAAGGCUAUCUGCAGGGAGCAAGAUAACAAGCAUUUUCACUGCAAACGAUAUCAUUUUCUGCGGAACUGAAAGCGGGUUAAUCAAGGCAUGGAUCCCUUUGUGAAGGGCAGAGAAGAACAAGGAACAGAACAGAAGAUGAAUCAACUUUGUAAAUGCAGAGCGCGUACAGAAAAAGGAAAAGAAAAAAGGCAUACCAUUUCGUUGUACAGGCCACCCUCCGGAGGACGCAGCAGUGCAGCUGGUGUUCUCCUGCUUCAGAAUGACUCGUACCUUCACAAUGUAAAUAGUGAUUUUGUGAGUUUUUUCUCCGAGUCUGAGAUGAUAACGAUUGUGCAUGUUAAUACUUGAUACUGUCUCCUUCAUGACGAUUUUCAUAAAUUCCCGUAGCAUAGUAGAACCGUGAAA